AUGGCGGAUUUCGUGCUGCUCCCGCGCGACCUGCCUUGGGAGCGUGCGUGCGACCGCGAGGACGCGAACGCGCCGCAGAUCGCCAAGCUGCGCCUUACGCUCCCCGCCGACUACCCCGCCGGGACCGUCCUCAAGCUGCCCAUGCCGUGUGCGUGCAGCGAGCACACGUCCCGCUUCACUAAGAUCAAAGCGGGGACCUCAGUGAUCAUCAAGUGGGACCUCGGCAUCUGCGGCCUCGCAGCGCCACCAGGUGCGGACGGGGCGGCGGCGGGGGGCGCAGAGGUGGCGGAGGCGACAGAAGCAGCGCGGCCGCCGCCGGCCGGGCUGGAGAAGGGUGUGGAGUUGGCAUUGGCGGAGCCGGCGGAUGCGACGGCGCCAGAUCCAGGGGAACCGCAGCUCAACUCCGAGCUCAGCAGCAGCGAGCUGAUCAGGAGCGAGCGGAGCAGCACGGGCUUCAAGGGCGUGUACAAAGUGAGCAGCGGAGCCACGCCCUACUGUGUCCAAGUGACCCGCAAGGGCACCAGCGUCGUUCUCGGCCGCUACGCCACGGCGGAGGAGGGGGCGCGGGCCUACGCGGCGACGCCGGAGGGCAUCGCCGACCUGGCGGCAAGGGAUGCGCCGCGACCGCCGCCGCUCCCCUCCAACUCCGAGCUCAGCAGCGGCGAGCUGAUCAGGAGCGAGCGGAGCAGCACGGGCUUCAAGGGCGUGAGCGACUCGGGCAACGGUGCCACGCCCUACCGAGUCUCGGUGCAGCGCGGAGGCACCACCGUCCAUCUCGGCCGCUAUGCCACCGCGGAGGAGGGGGCGCGAGUCUACGCUGCAACACCAGAGGGCAUUGCUGACCUGGCAGCAAGGGAUGCGCCGCCACCGCCGCCGCAGCCGCCGCAGCCGCCGCUCCCCUCCAACUCCGAGCUCAGCAGCAGCGAGCUGAUCAGGAGCGAGCGGAGCAGCACGGGCUUCAAGAACGUGAGCAAAGUGAGCAGCAGUGCCACGCCCUACCGAGUCCAGGUGUACCGCAAGGGCACCGUCGUCACUCUCGGCUACUACUCCACCGCAGAGGAGGCGGCGCGAGUCUACGCUGCAACGCCAGAGGGCAUCGCCGACUUGGCGGCAAGGAACGCUCCGCCGACGCCUCGCCCCGCCAAGCGCCCCGCGCCACUCCCUGCCGUGCCGCCCUCCUCCUCCGCCGCUGCGUCGAAGCAGUCGAGCGCCGUGCAGCUGAUCACAAGCGCAACGAACAAGACGGGCUUCAAGGGCGUGUACAAGUUGGGCAGCGGUGCCACGCCCUACUCCGCCCACGUGUACCGCAACGGCGAUCAGGUCGUCCUCGGCCACUUCGCCACGGCAGAGGAGGCGGCGCGUUGCUACGCGCGCACGCCGGAGGCCAAAGCCGACUUGGCGGUCAGUGCCGCGCCGCCGGUGCUCUUUGAUGGCGUCGAGCUCAUCACCAGCGAGCGGAGCAACUCCGGCUUCAAGUGCGUUUGCAAGUUGCACAACGGUGCCACGCCCUACUAUGCCCAGGUGUACCGCAAGGGCAAGAACGUCGUUCUCGGCCGCUACGCCACCGCGGAGGAGGCGGCGCUCCGCUACGCGCGCUCGGCAGAGGGCAAAGCGGAGCUGGCGGCCAGGUCUGCAGCCAGAUCAGCGCCGCAGGCCAGCACCGCGCCCCGCAAGCGGCAGAAGGUCGAGACCGCGAUCGGCGCGGGCGGUGCCGCCACUUCCACCUCUGCCGCCGCCUCCCACUCCGCCGCCUCCUCCACCACCGCCGCCGCCUCUGCGGCCGAGUUCGAGGUGGACCGCAUCCUCUCGGAGCGGCGCCGGCCGAGCGGCGGCGUCGACUACCUCGUCGCGUGGAAGGGUUGCUAUGCCCCCUCCUGGGAGCCCGCCUCCAACUUGGCGGACGAGGACGGCGCGGUGUGCGCGGCGCUGCUGGCGUGGUGUGCGUCGCGCGCCGCGCCGCGCCAGGGCGGCCCGGCGACCGAGCCGCUUCCGCCCCUCGGCAUGCCGGCGACAGAGCCCCUCCCGCCCCUCGGCAUGCCGGCGGUGGUGCAGGCUCUCGAGGGGGUCGGGCUGGGCCGGUACGCGGCGGCGUUCGAGGAGCAGGGCUAUGAUGACCUCCGCUACUUGCGGACGAUGGACGCGGCGGAGCGCGCCACGGUGGCGGAGAGCGUGGGCAUGAAGCAAGGCCACGCCAACAAGUUUGUCAAGUUCGCGUUUGAGCCGGCGUAG